AUGCAGUAUGUUACUGUCUACGGUCAUGACGAAGUCGCUUCGUUUGCGCCAACCAUUGGAGACGUAUUAUCUAAGCCUUUCAGAAUUGGGGAAAUUACAAAGAACAUCUCGAAACGUGAGAUAACCAACAGAAGACCUCAAGUCGAUGUUGAAAAAAGUGUUGCUACGUUGAGGGCUGUUCACAAACAAGAGAGAGGAAUAUUUGCCAGAGCUCAAUCUAGAUAUACCGCUAGUUACGCCACUCAGCUGCACCGUUGGCGAGCAUAG